CUUCUCAAAUACAACCUUACAUGUUUGAGCCUGGAUCGGAUCUGAAAUAUGCGAGUGGACGACACGGACAACCCAACCUCAGCAACAAGAUGUUUGUGGGCAUGUGUGAGGAAAUAGAGGUGGCUGUACGUUUGAGGAGUCGUACAGCAGCUGUGGGUACAGCGUGUCACUGGGAACCAAUGGAUUUACCUGGGAACAAGUCAACUCCUGGGAAAAACCCACCAUGGAUCCCGCCCUGCCUACAGGUUCCUUCAUGGUAGUGAACGCGUCAGGCCGGGCGUCGGGGCAGAAGGCUCAUCUGUACAUGCCCACCCUGAAGGAGAACGACACCCACUGCAUCGACUUCCUCUAUUCUCUCUCCAGUCGAGACGGAGCCAGCCCGGGCACGCUUAACGUCUAUAUUAAGGUGAACGGAGGCGCUCAGGGGAACCCGGUGUGGAACGCCUCUGAUACGGUCACUGAAGGCUGGGUGAAGGCUGAACUGGCCAUUUCCACAUUCUGGCCCAACUCCUAUCAGGUAAUAUUCGAAGCAGUUUCGGUCCAAGGCCAUCCAGGUUUCAUCGCCAUCGACGACAUACGAGUUCUGGCUCACCCCUGUCGUAAAGCGCCUCACUUCCUGCGUCUGCAGAAUGUGGAGGUGAACGUGGGUCAGAACGCUACGUUUCAGUGUACUGCAGGAGGGAAAUGGUCCCAGCAUGAUAAACUCUGGCUACAGCAGUGGAACGGUAAGGACACAGCGUUGAUGGUGACCAGGGUGGUGAACCACAGACGCUUCUCCGCGACUGUCAGCGUUGGCGACACAUCGCAGCGCAGUACCAGCCGCUACCGCUGCGUCAUCCGAUCAGACGGCGGGUCAGGGGUGUCCAACUAUGCCGACCUCAUUGUUAAAGCUCCACCCACCCCCAUCGCUCCACCAGAGCUUCUCGCCGUCGGCGCCACCUACCUUUGGAUCAAACCCAACGCCAACAGCAUCAUCGGUGACGGGCCGAUCAUCCUGAAGGAGGUAGAGUACCGCACCACUUCAGGGAACUGGGCAGAGACCCAUGUGGUUGACUCCCCCACCUAUAAACUCUGGCAUCUGGAUCCAGAUGUGGAGUACGAGAUCAAGGUCUUGCUGUCAAGACCUGGGGAGGGAGGAACAGGGCCCCCGGGGCCACCGCUGGUCACCAGGACCAAAUGUGCAGAUCCAGUCCACGGUCCCCAAAACGUCAACGUGGUGGAUGUCAGAGCCCGGCAGCUGACUAUACAAUGGGAGACAUUCGGGUACGCUGUGACACGCUGUCACAGCUACAAUCUGACGGUGCAGUACCAGUAUGUUUUCAACCAGCAGGAGUUUGCAGCAGAGGAGUUGAUCCAGACAUCGUCACAUUAUACUCUGCGGGGGCUGAGGCCUUUCGUCACGGUCAGACUGCGGCUGGUCCUGGCCAACCCUGAAGGCAGCAAAGAGAGUGAGGAGAUAGUCAAACAAACGGAGGAGGAUGUGCCUGGCUCGGUGCCGAUGGAGUCUCUGCAGAAUACGCCCUACGAGGAAAAGAUCUUCAUGCAGUGGAAAGCUCCCAACGAGACCAAUGGGGUCAUCACACUGUAUGAGAUCACCUACAAGGCCCUGAGCUCUUUAGACCCCAGCGCUGAUUUGACAACCCAGAGGGGAAGGGUGUUCAAGCUGAGGAACGAGACCCAUCACCUGUUCGUCGGUCUCUAUCCGGGGACCACCUACUUCUUCACCCUCAAAGCCUCCACAAACAAGGGCUUCGGCCCGCCCGUCACCACCCGCAUCACCACCAAGAUAGCAGCUCCCAUGAUGCCAGAGUACGAGUCUGAGGCUCCACUAAACGAGACAGAGACUACCAUCACCAUCCUGCUGAAACCUGCCCAAUCACGUGGAGCACCUAUCAGCUCCUACCAGCUCGUUGUGAAGGAGGAACGUAAGUCCAAGACCCGCCGUGCAGCCUCCGAGGCCCCCGAGUGUUUCUCCGCCCCCGUCAGCUUCCGCAACGCCUCCGUCUUGGACUCGCCCUACUACAUCGCUGCUGAACUGCCGCCGUCCAGCCUCACAGUCGUGCAACCGUUCACAGUCGGAGACAACAAGAGCUACGGCGGUUUCUGGAAUCCUCCGUUGUCACCAGCCAAGAGCUACAGCAUCUACUACCAGGCCAUGAGCAGAGCCAAUGGGGAAACCAAAAUCAACUGUGUCCGCCUGGCUAAUAAAGGUGCGUCCACCCAGGACUCGGAUGCCAUGGAGCCAGAGAAGCAGGUGGACAGCACGGUGAAAAUGGCCGGAGUGAUCGCGGGGAUUCUCAUGUUCAUCAUUAUCCUCCUCGGUGUCGUCCUCACCUUCAAACGCAGAAGACAUGCUUAUUCCUACUCUUAUUACCUGAAGUUGGCGAAGAAGCAGAAGGAGACCGCCAGCAGCUCCACCCAGCAGAGAGAGAUGGGUCCGGUCACCACAGCCGAUAAGAGCACCACCAAAGUUAGCACCCUGCACAAGGACGACCCCUUCUCCACCUCAAACCAGGACCUCAAUGGAUUCACCUCCCCCUCUCCCUGCUCCUUCUCUGUGCAGGGAAGCAAGACGCUGCAGAGCAAAUCCCUGCUGAAUUCCUACUACUCAGUGUCCAAAGAGCCAGUUCCAGCCACAACUUCUAUAGACAGUAGCCAGCCAUCGCUCGCCCAGCCCUCUCUGACCCUGCAGAGUUUUCCCUAUGGAGGCUGUGAGUCUGUGGAGCUCUCAUAUCAGAGCGGUCAGUUCCAGGCAGGCCAGUUUCAGCCGGCUAUCCGAGUCGCCGACCUCCUCCAACACAUCACCCAGAUGAAAUGUGGACAGGGCUACGGCUUCAAGGAGGAAUAUGAGGCCCUAGCGGAGGGACAGACGGCACCCUGGGAAACGGCCAAGAAAGACGAGAAUCGCAACAAGAAUCGCUAUGGCAACAUCAUCGCUUACGAUCACACCAGAGUCCGACUGCAGCUGCUGGACGGAGACCCCCACUCCGACUACAUCAACGCCAAUUAUAUUGAUGGGUACCAUAGACCCAGACAUUACAUCGCCACACAAGGGCCCAUGCAGGAGACGGUGAGGGAUUUCUGGAGGAUGGUCUGGCAGGAAAACUCAGCCUCUAUCGUCAUGGUUACCAACCUGGUGGAGGUGGGCAGGGUGAAGUGUGUGCGUUACUGGCCCGAUGAGACAGAGGUGUAUGGAGACAUCAAAGUGACCCUGAUAGAAACCGAACCACUGGCUGAAUACGUCAUACGGACAUUCACGGUUCAAAAGAAGGGUCAUCAUGAGAUCCGCGAACUCCGUCAGUUUCAUUUCACCAGUUGGCCUGACCACGGCGUUCCCUGCUAUGCCACCGGACUGCUGGGCUUCAUACGACAGGUCAAGUUCCUCAACCCGCCCGAUGCUGGGCCUAUAGUGGCACACUGCAGUGCCGGCGCAGGGAGGACGGGCUGUUUCAUCGCGGUGGACAUCAUGUUGGACAUGGCGGAGAACGAAGGCGUGGUGGACAUUUUCAACUGCAUCCGAGAGCUGAGAUCACAACGAGUCAACAUGGUUCAGACGGAGGAGCAGUAUGUGUUUGUUCAUGAUGCCAUCUUGGAGGCAUGUCUAUGUGGGAACACAGCCAUACCAGUGUGUGAGUUCAGAGCCAUUUACUACAACAUCAGCAGACUGGACCCACAGACCAACUCUAGCCAGAUUAAAGACGAGUUCCAGACUCUGAACAUAGUGACCCCUAGAGUCCGUCCAGAAGACUGCAGCGUGGGUUUGCUACCCAGAAACCACGACAAGAACCGUAGUAUGGACGUUCUAUCAGCAGACCGAUGCCUGCCUUUCCUCAUAUCUGUGGAUGGAGAGAGCUCGAAUUACAUCAACGCUGCAUUAAUGGACAGCCACAAACAGCCAGCGGCCUUCAUUGUUACUCAGCAUCCUUUGCCAAACACCAUGGGCGACUUCUGGAGGCUGGUGUUUGAUUACAACUGCUCUUCCAUUGUAAUGCUCAACGAGAUGGAUGCAGCGCAGUUAUGUAUGCAGUACUGGCCGGAGAAGAGUUCGUGUUGCUAUGGUCCCAUUCAAGUCGAGUUCAUCUCAGCAGACAUCGAUGAAGACAUCAUCAACCGCAUCUUCAGGAUCUGCAACAUGGCCAGGCCACAAGACGGUUAUCGCCUGGUGCAACACUUCCAGUUCAUCGGUUGGCCGGCCUACAGGGACACGCCUCUCUCUAAGCGCUCCAUCCUCCAGUUGGUCAGGAGGCUGGCUAAGUGGCAGGAACAGUACGACGGAGGAGACGGGAGGACUGUUGUACACUGCCUUACCGGCGGAGGGCGUUCUGGGACGUUCUGUGCCAUCUGCAGCAUCAAUGAGAUGAUCCAGCAGCAGAACAUCGUGGAUGUUUUCCACACCGUCAAAACGCUGAGAAACAACAAGACUAACAUGGUGGAGACUAUGGAACAGUACAAGUUCUGCUAUGAAGUGGCUCUCGAGGCACUCAGCUCCUUCUGAUUCAGCUGCGUGCCAAAAUUCUCUUUUCCGAUUCGCCGUUGACGCUGCCUGUCACUCUCACUGGGACACACAGAGUGCAAAAACUACUUUGUGUUGACCUGAACCCAAUCUGUGAGCAUGUGUGCCUGUGUGUGUGUGUGUGUGUGUGUGUGUGUGUGUGUGUGUGUGUGUGUGAACAAGAGACGGCAUGCUUGCAUAUUUGAGUGUGUGCGUGUGUGUAUCUAUACGUGUGCCUGUGACAACACACACACACACAAAACUGUACAGAGGAGAAAAAAAAAAAAAACAACAGCGACAAACAUACACACUGGUGAUUUUCGUGGUGUGUGUGUGCGUUCGCUUCAGUGAGACCGGGGACUUUACAUGCUUGUACAAAGAAAAAAGAAAAAAUGAUAUGUUGAAAAAAAACAAAAUCAGAUGUUUAAAAAAAAAAAAAGCGCCACUUUUUUUUCCCUUCUCUCUCUCUCUCUCUGUCCUCUCUGCUGGGCUGUGAUGUGAUUAUUGUACAGUAUUUCCUUUUUAGAUAUAUUCUACGCCUUGAAUGUUGUCUCCCUCUGAAGGCUGGAUGCACACUGGAAGAUUUUUUUUUUUUUUUUUUGGAACUUUCAACAUUUAGCUGAGGUUCAAAUGAUGCCUAGACUCAGCAUUUUGGACUCCCAAUAUUUCUCCAGCCAGACUAUUUAUAGGAAGUGAUGGAAAGUGUUUGGCUUAGGGUUUAGCUGAAAUGUGGACGUUGUUGAACAUGAUUCAGUUUGCUGGAUCAAACCAAAAACCAGCAAGCAAAAUGUUUGUUUUUCUGGCAUUUUCUCUUUGAAAUCACAAGCUGAUACAGUUCCUUUGCAGCUAGUGCUUUUUGACCAUGUCUAGUAGAUGCUAAAUAUAUUUGUAAUUCACUCAUAUGCAACAACAUUUCUUUUUUACCUUCAUACUGUGUCAAGUCAAAGUAAUUUAUGAUUUUCUUUUGACAAACAAAUUUGCUUUCACUGGGAAAAUAAUGCUAUCAGAUAGAGCUAAAAACAAAAUGAAGUCAAAAGCUAUAUUAAGUGGAAUGAAGUGCAUGGUGAAGAACAACAACAGCAGUACACAGACAAAAUACAAAAUAUAUAUAUAUGCCUUGCCUUUAAGACCAAAUGUCACGCUGUUGUUGUUAUCUCUGCUCCAGGUUUUUUUCCAUUGGGGCUGGUUUUUAGAUGGCUUUAUGGAAAGUCAAUUGUGUCAAAAUCGUAUAGUGUGCAUCCACCCUUGUUGUAAAUAAGAUAAGACAACCACAGUCAAACAAACAAACAGACAAACAUCAUGCACCAGACACAUUGCAAACAAAGGUUUUCAUUUCAAAACACUACCACUCACUAAAAGCUGUCAGUGUCAUUUUCAGUGAUUCAGCGGUUAUGGUCUGUCCAUUUUAGACAUGUUGUCUAAAAAAAUUCAAAUAUAUGUUUUUUGUUAAGCCCCCCUCAGACCCUGAUCACCCUCAUAUGUGGUCAGAACUCCACUCACAGACUACAUACUUAUUGAGAAUUGAAAAAUCCAUAUAGUCAUCCCAGAAGAUAAAAAAUAUAAACAAAAUGUAACAUAUUCCACUUAUUUUUUGGUCUAAUUAGUGUGGUUUUGAGUACUUGCUUUGCAUUUAAACUGGGAUAAAUUAUUAACUGAAAUCAUGACUGGCCCAACCAUGUUUACCCUCAGCCCCCUUUUGUAUCAUUCACCUUUGGGCAGUUGUAAUGACAUCGUCAGCCAAUCAGUUUUUGGAAAGACACAUCAAAACAAUCAAAAGUUGAAAGAGGAUUCUGUAGCCCAAAGGUGUCCCAAACAAACAAAAAAAUGUAGGUACAGAAACAUAUUGGUUUGUUACUGUUUGCACAUAUUUUUCCAGUAUGGUUACCAAGUGAUAGUCUCCAAAAUGAGCUCAUUCCAACAUGUCAGACAUGAAUUGCAAAUCAGAAUCGGACAUGAAUGACUACAGACUACUUUUACUUCUCCUCUGCAAACAAAGCCUUAAAUUUGCUUUCCGUCGAGCCCACAGAGGUGUGCAAGUUUAAAAAAAAUUCAUUUGACAAUCUCCCUCCCCAGUCUUAAUCAGAAAUGAUUCCAGUCGGUGAUUGACCCCAGGCUAAAUGAAGGUCAACAUGGCUGACAGUUCAGAUGCCAGCGCAGCUCAACGGACACGUGUAGUAGAGUGGAAGUUAAUGAGAAUUAUACAGGAUGUGAGGCUUACCUCAGCUCCCUAUUAUCUCCUCCUCGUUUGAUCAGUCCUUUAUACCUGCCUUUGAUGGAGACUGAUAUAAGAUGUUCUGCCCAGAAAUGGAAACCCCGAUUUUCAUUGUACUGCUUUUUUUUUUGUGGGUGUGGUGCCAGAAUUGAUUUCUUAUCUUAUCUUGCAACAGAACCCCUGAUAUUUUACUAUUUUUUAUUUAUUUAUUUUUGUUCUAUUGCUCUCCAAAAGGGUAACCCUCCUUCACAGGGGUGAGAGGUCAUUUAGUCGACUUGGUGUCUUGCUCAAAGACACUUCAGAGGGAUGAAAUCCUGCCACUUAAAACGGUGAUUCUAAUGGUUUCAGUUUGUGAAUGUUAAGUCGUGAAAGGACGCUUAUCAGUAGGGAAGUUACUGCCCUAAAAUGAAUAGAGUAUGCCAAAUUUCUGUUUACUCCAUGUCCUCCAUAUCACUGCAAACAAUUGAAUUCAAUCUGCAGGUGGCUUUUAAAAAAAAUUAACAAUACACCAAAAGCUCAGUUUUAUUUUUGCACCUACUGAACUGUGUUGAGUCAAAAGAACUGUGAUAAUAUUUCGGUGGGCACUUUUGGGCGCUACAACAAAGUCAGAGUAUGUUACGCCUGAAGUAAUAUGGCCAACGAAAGAACAAGACACCAAAUUAAGGGCUUAAUUUUCAAACACCGCAGAUCUGUUUUAGAAGAAACUAACGAAGAGAACACUUUGUUAGCCAAUAUCUUUAAAAAAAAACAUACAUGUUGCGUGGUUUACUUUUGAGUCAGCCAUUAAUCCAUAACAGCAGGUGUCUCUGUAUUUUGAGAUAAAGGGUUACCCAGGUUUGAACUUCAUAUUUCACAAAGCUGAAAGUCAGUCUCUAGUGAACAUUUUUUUUAGUAAGCAAAGUUUUCUCAUAAGUUUCAAAGUUCUUGGCCAGAACCGUCAUGCUUGUGGCAAACUGUUCAGUCUGCGCUUACCUUUGUUUUUUGCUUGAGUCCAGUCAGGCUCGUUAAUGGACCUAUGGAGACAAACACAGUAAGAUUGUUGUAUUGGAGACUAUGUGAAUGCCAGAAAUGUUUACCCUUUUAUUUCCACUAUGGCUUUAUUUUUAUUGGCUUAGUUCAUGGCCGUUCAUCUGUAUUAUAUUUUGUUUGCUUUACUUUGUUUUUGUUUUUUGGGUUUUUUUUUUGUCUUGAAUUUGUACAUUUCUUUUGUAUGAUUAUUAUUCUGAAGAUUAUUUGUCUAGCAAAGUGUUGUUUAGAUCUGGUGAUGCCAUUACCAUUGGUUGUUUAGUUGUUUGAAAUGUGGUUAACAUGAAAUA